GAAAUCUCAUUCAAGAAGACAUUGCACUGCACCUCCGGAAGAUCUUCACCAUGAGACCCUCGGUCAUGCCGGUCAUCUUUGCAGCAACGCUCAUAUUUGAGUGCUAUGCUCUGUCUGUGGCGUUACCCAUGGCAAAGACUGAAGACAGCUCCUUGGAACAAGACUCUUUCACCUCUCUGCUGAAUGACGAGAUGACGGAAAACAGCCUUGGCGACGUAGAUCUGACUGCUGCCGGCAACACCAGAGGCCAGCGGGUGAUCGUCAUUGCCGAUCCAAGCCUGUGGAGGGACCUGAGGGCGCUGCACGGCGGAUUUCCCCUCUACAAGCGCAGAGCUGACGACAACAGCCAGGUCAUUGAGCACAGAGGAACUAACCAGGACCUGAACAUUCCCAUCCUGAGGAGGGACACCAUGAGGUGCAUGGUGGGACGGGUGUACCGGCCCUGCUGGGAAGUCUGAUACUGUUUGAGCUUCUCGUAAAGGUGCCAAUGCAGAGGAGUGCUGCGUCAUCCUUCCUGUAUCAUAAUCCAAAUCUAUGUAUCUAUAUCUAAAAAAUGCAGAUUUGAAAAUUAAAGUCAUUUAAUUCUG